AUGCCGGACAUUGACCCUACAAUAGAGGAUAUCUUCGGUCCAUUGCCGGCCGGAACUGACCUGAACGAAGACCCCAUCACCGGCAACGAUGUCGCUGUGGCAAUCUUGCUCGGGAUAGCGACUGUGGCUGUUGUGCUAAGACUGGUGUGCCGCCACGUUACAAACAGCCCAUUGAAGGCCGAUGAUUGUGUGAUAAUAGCGGCAUUGAUCCUCACGUAUGCUACCGGCGGCAUGUCAUUCGCUGCUGGACAUUAUGGUGCAGGGAGACAUGUCUGGUCUGUCAAGGCAGUCGAUGUUGCAAUGGCAGCCAAGCUCCUGUAUGCCUACAGUUUCGUCUUCGCGGCCGCUAUCACCCUGACUAAGUCCUCGAUCCUGCUGCUCUACUCACGUAUCUUCGAAGUCUCUGACCCGAGAUUCCGUUUCCUUCUCUGGACGGCGGCUUUCUUGGUUGUAGCCUAUCCACUAACAUUCGUUAUUGGCAUGGCAAACUGCUGUAAACCAGUCUCGUUCUACUGGUCACAGUUCUCAGGCAACACGGACGGACACUGCCCACUAAACACGGGAUUAUUCUUCGUGGUCAUGGCCAUCAUCAACCUUUUUAUAGACUUCUUCAUCUUGGUCUUGCCUAUCCCUUCAAUAUUACGACUGCAAAUGUCUUGGCGCAAGAAGGCCGGCGUAUGCGGUAUCAUGCUGCUAGGAGGAUUUGUUUGCUGCGCCAGCGUCGUGCGAAUUUACUAUCUGAACGUCUUCUCACACGCCAUAGACGCCACAUGGUAUAUGGGCCCUGUGUGUGUUUGGUCAGCCGUUGAGCCUUCUAUCGGCAUCCUUUCGGCAUGUCUGCCAAACAUGCGCCCCAUCUUCGUCCUCUUUCGCAACAAGAUAUCAUCUUCAAACCGCAGCGAGGGCCAAUCACGCACUGCGUCAGCACCAGGCAUAAUUACCUGGGGAGGAAGUGGUGGUCCGGGGUCAAAAGGCGCCAAAAGCCACCGUCGGAAGGACGAGGAUGAGCUUCGCUUGACCAAGAACAACUACAGCAUGACGAACAUCGUCACGUCGGGUGGAUCAAAUGAGAAUGAAACUGUUCACGGUGAAGGGAUUGUCGUGCGUUCCGAGCGGGUCAUGCCCGCAGCCCGUUGCGUCCGACCCAUGGGGGCAAAUUCGCGGGCUGUUAGUGUGCAGCGGGUGGAGACCGGAUCGCCCGAGCCGACCAAGGGUCAAUGGGAUGAUGGAUCUUCCUUUCCCAUCAGCCAUAACUUCAACAACAGACGCCUCUUCAUCACACACCUCGAUCGCGGAGGCAGAGUCAAACCUCUUCCCUACCUGAGGCAAGGAGACGAUGAGACUGCUGCUCUGCAAAAGGGGCUCCCGACCCUUCCUCGAACGUAUAUAUGGGCAAAGCUGGAGCCGGGAAAUGGCACAGGCGAGCGACUCACACUCAAUACGAUCACUGACUUGAGCCACGAGGACUGCACGCAGUGGACCCAGGAGCUCACCAGGGGAACUAUCGAGCUUGAGGCCUUGGGAAGGCCAACACUCUACGGCCAGCUUAACAUCUCGGGAUGCCGUCAAUCAGAGUACCGGAAAGACGACUCUCUGCUUUACGUGUCAUACGUUCAAGAUAUGCACGCCUUUUUCCCUGUGUCAACUCUGAAAACCACGGUCCGUCUGUUUGAUGUCAAUUCCGACGAAAGAGUCUGUCUGCGGUCCCGCAUCACUCCCGCCCUUCCUCAGCGAUGGAGUUCCACGCUACGGUACUUUCCGCUGGCCAUCUUUCUCUUCGUUUUGGUGGUCGGAGUGAUCCGAAGCUUGGUGAAUCUUCCUCCGCCGGAGGUUGAGGACACUGCCCCGCACGUGGAAGACGACGACGACGAUGACGAAGACGCCCCUGAGCCGAAACCUGUCCUCCCCAACGUCGGGGAUUGCCUCCAAUACCUUCAGCACAUCUUUCUCGGAGCCAGUCUCAGCCUCUUCUACCCUGGUUUUCUGAUCCCUGUGGCUGGUCGCUUGUCCUGGUCAUCACUCUUUACUGGUGGCGUCCUGACGUAUGGGCAUGCCGACUACGCAAGCAUUGCCGAUGGAAUCUAUGAGACGAACGGUACUUACGGGGGCACGUUCGGUCUGGAGACUAUGGCUCAGAUCGUGGGAGCGCCAGCCACUAUGGGCACCUGGGUGAAUAUGGUGUUUCUCUUCGCUAUCUUUCUGACCAUCAGCGCUCUCAUGAUCGAGGCGUUUUGGUUUUUCCAACGAGUCAGAAGCCCGGCCUCGGCUCGAUCAUGGUCAAUUCGGCUUCAACAGACCGGUAGACAAGUGCUUCAGGUGGCUUUGUCCUAUUUCAUCGUACCCCUGAUCUCUCUUUCCGUCUACCAGUUGAUUCACGCCUCAUGGCUACCAAUCUACCAUACAGCUCUGGCUGUACUGUUGAUCGUCAUAGCCAUUGCAUCUCUCGCUUGGCUUUUUCAAUCCCUCCCCACACGCAGCCUCGGCAUUCUGCUUUUUAACCGAGACAAACAGUAUUCACGGAUGACGGGUGGUGGACAUCAAGGCGAUACGCUCUUCGUGCGCAUGCUGUUUACUCUCAACUUCAUCCGCGGCAUCGCUAUUGGUGGUUUGCAGUUUUCAGGGCUCGUUCAGUUGGUGGCCUUGGCAGCCUGUGAGCUCACCCUGCUCAUAUGCAUCGCCGCUCUUCAAGCCUACCCGACUUUUUCGCUGCCGACCAUCACUGCCAUUACUAAGUUCGUUACUUUCUUAAGUAUGGUCGCGUUCAUCCCCGGAGUGGCAUCUGAUGGAACCCGGAACGUGGUUGGCUACCUCAUCUUGUUAUUGCACGCUUCUAUUCUUGUGCUCGGCUUCCUUUUGCAAGCCACACGGGAUCUCGUGCGGCUUGUCAAAAGGUGGAUGAGUGAGGAGCGCCCAGAUGCCUACGGUCUACAGCAGCUCGAGCGACGGCAGCCAUCAAGGCAUGACAUACGGGAAAGUCCAUUGGCACGUCUAGAUGUGUCUAGUAUCAGCACACCCGACGAAAAUGCCGCCUCUCCGCGAUCAUACUUCGAGUCUUGGACACCCCCCGACAAGGCCCACCGCUUACAACUGCCACAGCACAGGAUCCCUUCCACCAGCUCUAACCGCUUCUAUAGGCCCCCUAGAUCUACUUCCCGUACAAGCUCUACUCUCUCUUGGGAGACUCGGGAGUCCGGAGUCAGUGGCAGUAGAUUCUCCAAGGCGACCAAGGACGGAAGUCUUGGUACUCUUCGUGAGCCAUCGUCACCAACGAUCGACGAAUCUGUGCCUUUCAGCGGGACGAUGUGCUCAAGCCCCUCUGUGGUAGGAGACCACCGCUCAUCGGACAAGGAGAGUGAUCCUGGGACACCAGCUGAAUCUGAGCGCACAGAAGGCUUGGGGCCGCGUUGGAACGACUACUCGUUCCGCGAGUCUGAUUUAUAUUACGGAAGUCGCUCCCGGGGAGAAGGAAGCACAGUGAAAGAAGAGAUUACUGUUGACGAUUCUCAGAGUUCACGGCAGGCAUCUAGAAAAAUGCUCAGGCGAUACCUGAAAAGGGAUAAUAGUAGUACAGUCCCUCCUAGCAAAGGCUUCGAGGGCGGGUCCAAGUGGAGACCGCCUGCAGCAUUCCGAGCUGCCACGCCCCGUUGCACCAUCAGCCUGAUCACCUUCGUCCUCGUAACAGCCGCCAUGGCGCUCCCGUUCCCCAUCCCGGCCGGCCUCUCCCCGGCCUUCACCAUGGCCGCCCCCACCGAAGCCGACGCAGAGAGCCUCGCCGAGAUCUACUAUGAGGCCUUCCGGACCGAUCCUAGCAAUACUUACUGGUGGCCCGCCGAGAAGGAGCCCAUGAUGCAGUGGAUGGUCCCCCGCAUCCGCAACAAGAUGCGGGACCGAUCCGUGCGUCACUUCAAGGUUGUCGAUGUCCAGACCGGCGAAAUGGUCGCCUUUGCCCGGUGGGACAUUCCGGAAGGGUCAAUCAAGUUUGGCGAGUGGCUGGGCGGUGGCGGCGAAGCGGACGUCUCAGAGCUGGUGAAGAGCGAGGGCGAGCCGGCGAACGGUGCGGCGCCUGCGCCUUUGACUGGCGGCACCGAAGCGCCUCAGCCCACAUCCGCCCCGAUGGAGAUCCCUCCAGGCGCGGACGCAGAGCUGUGCCAAGAUUUCUUCGAUGGAUUGAGCCGCAUGUCUUCCAAAUGGGUGACGCCGGAUAUGUUGGGCCUCUCGCUGAUUGCGACGUCGACCAAAUAUUUCAAAAGAGGCGCCGCUAAGGCGCUGAUUGUCCCCAUGCUAGACAUCGCCGACGCAGAGGGCGUCAAGGUCUACCUUGAAGCCACACCAGCUGGCAAACCCAUUUAUGAGAAGUUGGGUUUCCGAGAGGUUGAUGUCCUUGAGUUCAACCUGGAUGAGCUAACCAAGGACCAUCACGGCGUCUACAAAAUCUGCAUCAUGAUCCGGGAGCCAUUGAAGCAAUAA